AUGUUAAGACUUCUGAUACAAAGAACAUAUUCCAAAACAACAAUACCUCAAAUAUCGAGAAGUUGUGUUUCAUUCUCUUCAAUUCGUCAUAAUACCACUACAUCUUCUACCAACACUAGUAGUUCCACCACCCCGAUCACUAUCAAGACUAACUCAUCCAAAUCUAAAACAAAUGGAACUUUAGUAGAUUCAAACAAAUUUUUGAGAACAACUUAUGAAUCUAUAGAUGAUUAUGGUAGUUAUAAACAUAAUAUAUUCACUCAUAGAUUACCUGAAUCAUCAGCUAAACAAUCACCACCAUUAGUUGCAUUACAUAAUCGUUUACAAUUACCUAAAUCAUUUAAAUUAGCUACAUUAUCACAAUGUCUUAAUUUAAUUACUAAACCAGAAGAAUCUGAUGGAUUAGCUAAUAAUUUUGGAUUAAAUACAUUAGGUAAAUCUUUAUUAUCAUAUUAUGUUACUGAACAUUUAUUAAUUCAUUAUCCUCGAUUACCGAUGAAAAUCCAUCAAGCUGCCGUUGAUUCAUUAAUGGGUAAUUUAGCAUUACUGGAAAUUGGUAAAACUUGGGGGAUUGAAAUUGAUGAAGUUAGUAAAUUGGAUAGAUUUUUAGGUCAAGAAUCAGAAUUUAUGAAAUUUGGUCGAUUAAGAUAUCUUUAUGAUCAAGAUAAAUCUGAUAAAUUUUAUAAUAAUAAUGGUAAUUAUAAAAAUGUUUCCGGGAUAGAAGAAGUUAUAGAUGAACAAGGUAAAUUAUCACAACAAGAUUUAGCUUAUGCUUCUGCGGUUAAAGCUAUAAUUGGUGGAUUAUAUACUCAUUGUGGUGAAUCAGCGGCUAAAGAUUUCAUUAAUGAUCAUAUUUUAUCAAGAAAAAUUCCUUUGGAUCAAAUGUUUGAAUUUAAAAGACCAAUUAGUGAAUUGAUUAGAUUAUGUGAUAAAUUAGAAUUUAAACAACCAGUUAGUAUUAGAUUAAUUGCUGAAACCGGGAGAUUAUCGGCUCAUCCACAAUUUUUGGCAGGAGUAUUUGUUGGUAAUGAUAAAAUUGGUGAGGGAAUUGGAUCAUCUUUGAAAGAAGCACAAAUUAGAGCUUCAAUUAAUUCAUUAUUGGGUUAUUAUUUAUAUUCACCAAUUAGUGCAAAUGGUGAACCAAUAAAAGAACCAAGUGAUUCAGUGGAUUAUAAAUUUGAAGGUAUGAUUGGACUUGGAGAUGUUGCUGUUUAA